AUGGAUCCUUUUCUUCAUGCAAUUCCAGUUCCCCCUGUCAUCCAGGUACAAAGAAUGAAGGAGGAGCACUGGUCAGCAAGUGUACACCAAUUUUUCACUGUCACAAUGAUGCAGGAAAAUAAUUUAACCACCAAUGUGUCCUGUCAGAUUCAUGAUGGCAUAUUGUCACCCUUCUUGUCAAUGGGUUACAUUGUCAUCUUUUGCAUUGGUUUCCUCUGCAACACUGUCACGCUCUAUAUAUUUUUCCUUCGGCGACACACAGACUCUUCCAUGGCCGUUUACAUGCAGCACCUUGCAAUAGCAGACACUCUGCUGGUCAUGUGCUUGCCCUUGCGAGUUUACUACUACAACAAAGAAGGUCCCUUCUACUUGUGCAAGGUGGUGGGCAUCUUCUUCUAUAUCAACAUGUAUUCCAGCAUCCUGUUCCUCAGCCUCAUUAGUCUGGAUCGCUACUUGAAAAUUAUCAAGCCUGUUUGGGUCUUUCGAAUACAAAAGACAAAGUGGAGCCAAAUGGCAAGCUAUAUCGUCUGGGUGAUCCUCAUCGCAGGAGGAGUGAUUCCCUUUUUUACAAGCAACAGUCAGAAACAUCCGUGCAACAAGGUUUGCUUCCACUUCCACAGCAAGGGGCCUAUCAGUGGGACCAUUAACCUGACUACAGUGGGGCUCUUCCUAGUUUUCUAUGUAGCCUUUCUUUGUUUUUAUGUUAAGAUCACUAAGAAACUUAAGACUAUGUCCAUGGGUAAUGGUGACCCUAAGGCACAAAGUCGCAAAAAAAGGGUAAUAAUGAAGACUUUCUUAGUACCGUCCAUUUUUACUUUGUGUUUCUUGCCCUACCAUGCGAUACGAAUACCAUACGUUCUGGCUCAGAUGAAUGUGAUUGGAGAUCUUCAAAGCCAACAAUUGUUGCACAUCUUAAAUGAGAGUUCCUUGCUAUUGUCUGCUCUGAAUAGCUGCCUUGACCCAAUUAUCUAUUAUUUCUUAUCCAGUGAAUACAGGAAGACAAUACUGUGUGCCAUUCAGGGCAAGUUUAAAAUCAGCAUAAACCGCACACUCAAUGAAAUUUAGCAUGAAAGGAUUACUUUUCCUUUUGUAACUCGUGAGGUCUACUGAACCAAUUUUUUAAAAAUCAACAAAUUUAAAAUAUUUAGUUUUAAAUGAUGUUUACUUUUGGUACUAUUACACAGCUUGGGCACAGGUGAGUGAAUUUAUAUAUGAUCAUAUGACAUAAAAUCUAUAUUUACAUGAAUAUUAAGUAUACGUGCAUGUAUGAUGGUUCUAACAUUUUUGUAAUAAUAAUAAAUUAAUAAUAUUAAUAAUUAUAAAUAAGAAGGUGUGCCCGAUCCUCCAACCGACAGUUAUAGUUGUAGCAUUAUCUCUAGAGGCACUGGUCCUCAGAUUGUUUUCUUUUGAUGUCAAUUUUGUGGUGGUGCCCAGAAAAAAAAUGUCAAAGUUGUUUAUCCAAAAUCAAACCAUAAUAUUUACCUGCAUGAAAUUGUUCAGGCCCAACACAAUGUAUAUUAACAUAAUUUGGGCUAAAAAGGAAAAUGAGCAUUUGGUUUCAAAAUUUUCUUUUGUAAAUGUGUUUUAUAAGUUCUCUGCGAGAACUUUUUUUUUUAACAAUAUAUUGGAUGGACAGCUGUUGACAUUAAGAUAUAGAAAGCAUUGAUUUAUAUAUCAAAUAUACAAUAGUAUAUUUGCUUUGUAGUUUAAUUUGCUUUCUCUCUCUCUCUCUGUGUGUAUACAGUUUGCAUUUAGCAUUGUAUUUUCUCUGCUAUAUGUGACCCAGAAAUUACAUGCAACCAACCAUUUGAGAACCACUGAACUAGAGUAUUUGAGUGUACAUUAGUGGAUAGACUUUUUAGUUUUCCUUCAUUACUUUAUUUAACCGUGAGAACGACCUGUAAUUUAUGAUAGUAUGUGUAAUAAGAAAAUGACCUUUGUAAAGGUUAUGGAUUUCUUUGUUUGUGAUAGUUCCCAUGCAGUAGACAUGGGUGUUGUUGUGUUAUGAGUCUAACCCAUGUUUGUAGUGGUAGACUCUGUUUAAGUGUUAGCCACAUUCAAGUUUUUUCUAAAUGUUAGAGCAAUAUACAUACAUAGUACUUUCCCACAUCGAAGAAUAUUUUUAGAUGUUUGAUUUGAUUUUGAUGUUAAAUAACCGAAACCUGAACAAGAUUACAAAUGCAAAUAGUAUAAAAAAUUGUUUAUUGUUUCUUUUUUUUUUCUUUUUUUUUCUUUUUUUUUUUUAUAAAAUGCAUAACUGUCUUCAUUAUUUUUCUUCAUACCCUUUAUAAACUGUUUAUGCACAUAUUUA